CCAACUGAGUUUGUUACUUGUCUGCACCAACCAUUGAAUCAUCAAUCAAUGGGCGUGGUGUACCCUGAUCUCGACGAAGCCUUGGCGUUGGCCUCUCUUCCCGGUGAUGUUGACGGUUACAUCUCCAUUUGCGGUUACGGUUCUCUCCUCUCCGAGAAAAGUGCCAGAAGCACGUUUCCUCAUCUAAUUAACUUCCGAACAGCAAAAUUAACCGGUUUCCGCCGUCUCUUCUCCGUAGUUGGAGCUUUCUUUUUCACAAAUGCCAUUGCCAACCUCAAAACUCAGGAAAUUGCUGGUCUCUCUGUUGAGCCUUGUCAAUUUGAAACCAUUAUAAUUACUGUUUUUGAUAUUAAGAAAUCUGAGAUUCCAGCGUUUAUCAAAAGAGAGCGCGAAUAUCGCUUUUUAGCUGUUGUUCCUGAAUCACUAGAUGGGAAGCCCUUUACCAAUCCAGCAGUCCUUUGUGCAUCUUACACUGAUGAGGAAUUCUUUAAAUUUAGAUGCAGUGAGGGAAGGGAAAUGUAUUUUCAACAAUAUGGAGAAUAUAAUAUCCAUAAGAUUUGGCGCGAUGAUGCUUUACCAUGCCGUGUUUAUCUUCGACACUGUGUUCUGGCCGCGAAAAACCUCGGUGACGAAGCUUACAACAACUUCUUAGAUCACACCUUCGUUGCUGAUCGCAAAACAACAAUACGGCAGUACUUUGAGAAAAUGGGCACAAGCAUCAUGGACGAAGAGCCCCCUGAAUCCUUAAAAACACGUUAUGGCGGUUGAUCAGAUCCAAUAGUCAAUAAACCUGUCGCCAAUGUUCUGGCUUUUGGGGUUUUCCAUUUCUGAAUUUGAUUAUCCUCAUGUACUUUCGAUGUGUGAAAUAUGGAUAAUUGUAUUCUUUUGAUGUAUCGUACGUGUCCAAUAUUAAUGUGUAUGGAUCAUCUAUAUUCAUUGCACAUUGCAGCGGCCUAGUAUGAACAGAAAAUUAUGUGUAUAUAUUCAAAAUUUGUCAACUUCUCUCA